GUGUAAUGAAUGAAGUGAUUGUAUAAGAAAAUGCUUAUCAGUGCAGUUAAUUCAACUAAAUUUAGACCAUUUGGAAUUAAUGAGCAAAAUAAUAGUGAAAGUGGAGAAAAUAGUCAAACAAAAUGCUCGAACAAAACGAAAAAGAUUUUACGAGGAAUUGUGUUAAUGAUUAUGAUUUCGUUCUCAUGGGUCGGAGCCCUAUAUCUCAUGAAAAUUAGUUUUAAUAAAGUAGUCAACGAAGAUAAUCCAUAUUCACUUCAUUUGAGUUCAAAUUCCACAGACAGUACCAGACAUGAGGCACAGACCACAUAUACGAUCGAAAAGGACUAUGAGGUGGUAUUUGACGCCCCCUUCCUGGCCACCUGGUUCUGCUCGCUCUGGAAUAUUCUGUUUCUUCCAAUCUAUACAUUGAGUCGAUUGUGUUGCUGUCAUAAGGACUCCACUAGAAAGAUGUUUGUCGAAAGUAUUCAGGGUUUUAUGGAGAAAGGGUUCACAUUAAUGCAGUUCUUCGGGCGGUGCGGCUCUUUCUGUGUGCUAUGGAUGAUUACAAACUAUAUGCUUAUAUUUGCGUUGAGAAUACUGGACACGACUGUCGUGAUGGCACUGUUCUCGUGCUCCGUCUCUAUCGUGUAUUUGCUUUCGUGGGUUGUUUUGCACCAGCAGUUCGUCGGCAUUCGUGUCAGUAGAAUCGUUGCUGUGAUAAUAUGUGACACCGGAAUCGCUUUAUUGGUUUAUAUGGAUGGCGUCCAACAUAAGACAUUAGCGGCAGUUAUGAUAGCAUUUGGUGCGGCUAUCUCGGGCUCUAUCUAUAAAGUAUUUUUUAAGCGAACGAUUGGUUACACGACUUUCGCACAAAUGUCACUAUUCUUCACAUUAAUGGGUUUAAUGAAUGCAUUCCUUAUGUGGCCUUUGAUUCUGUUGUUGUAUUUAUUCGGCGCCGAAACCAUAGUCUGGUCGCAGAUUCCGUGGACAACACUCACCGGUUCUGCGGCUCUUUUAUUAUUAGCCAAUAUUUUAGGCAAUUUUGGUAUCGCCUGGACGUAUGAGCUGUUCCUAAAUCUCGGAAUAUUCUUCGCGAUUCCUAUAUCUUCCGUGAUCGACACAUUGAUAUAUAAGUCUGUUUUCCAAGACAUGAAGCUAAGCGGAGUUGUGUUGAUAUUGUUUGGGUUUAUGGUUGUCUUACUUCCGGACAAUUGGAACGAAUAUUUGGGAGAUUUGUUGAGAAAACGUUUGGCGAAUUGGAAGAGAAGGGAACAGCUCAGGAAGAAUGGGAGGGUUCAGGACACCAGCACCGGACAGGUAUCCCGGCUCAGGACAAAUAGCGGUCGAGUCAAGUAGACAUGAAAUAA